AUGAACUGGAUGAAUUGGAAGAGGGUGCCAAUCUGGAAAUAUCAGAAGACGAUUAUGAAACAGAAGAGCCUGAAGAAGAAGAAGAAGAAGAUGAUGAUGAUGGUGAGGAUGAGGAUGGUAGGAAUUCUAGAAAUUUUUGAUGAUGAUGCUGAAGAAGAGGAAGAAGAAGACGACGACGAGGAUGAUGAUGAUGAUGAUGAUGAAGAGGAAGAAGAAGUAUAUGAAUAUGAUUUGUUAGAACAAGAUGAUCAAGGUGAUGAAGAUGAGUAUGAUUUAUUAGAAGAAGAAGAUUCUGAAUCUGAAGAUAAUGGUGUUGAUGAUGAAUCAGUAGUACUUCAAAAUAUUCAGAUCUGUUUGACACAAGACAUGAUAAAAUGUGAUCAAGACUCAGAAAACUCAGAAUCUAAUGUAACAUCAUGUAACAUUCCAACUGUAUCAUAUACUCCUUCCUGUCAUACAAGGAAAAGAAAUCACCAGGAAAUGGAAGAGAACAAGGAUAAAGAACCAGUUGUAGAAGAACCUCCUACAAAGAAGAAGAGAAGCUCAGUUAUCAAAACUAUUGCCAAGGAGAUUGGAAAAGGGUUGUUUUAUGCUAUUGCAACCAUUACUGCGCUUGGUAUUUACGGUCAUUCUCUUGAGCGCCAAGAUCAAUCAGAUUAG